GGGCGGGAGGUACGGGCAGCGCUCGCUGGUGAAGGCGGAGGGCAAGAGCCUCGGGGACUUCUCGGCGAAGAGGUUGGACGAGUGCGCGAAGAAGUGCGACGAGACGCCAGAGUGCCACUCCUUCUCCUACAGCGCAAACGCUUGGCUGGACGGCAACAAGGGCUGCAACCUGAAGGACAAGGUCGUCACCGCGGGCGAGGCUGGUUCGGACAGCCUCGACAAGGGCGACUAUAAGACCUACUACAAGGUCGCCGCCGGCGCGGACUUCCAGAGUCUCCACGCCGCCUCGGUGCUUUGGACGUCGCUUGCCAAGGUGACGCCCUUCCACGCAGUCUGCGUGCUGGCGGUCUGCGGCGCGGUGGUGGCGCUCCUGACGCUGGCGGUGCUGUCGCGAGCGUCGUCCCGCAGGUUCGACCGCGUGCCCACGGCGUCGUCGGACGCCGCGCUUGGAGACGAGCCGCUGGUCACCGCCACUGCGGAGUAGAGGACGUGCGUGAUGGUCGCCAGCGCGAUAAUUGGAGAGUGAGUAUGCCAGCGCUCUAUCGUGCAAGCUGUGCUCUCCCGUUCGUCGGUGCAGCCCGCGUGCUGCAGCCCUGGAGACGGGUGAAAUGAUAUCUGUUGGGCUGCAUCGUCGAGUGUACGCCAGCGGCACUGCGUACUUGAGUACACUGCGCGCUCUAAUUCGGUGGCGACAACGUUUCGCCUUUUCCAUGUCGACCAGACAUCGACCAGUGGCCUUCGGCCCAUACCGCCACCGUUCCUGUAAUAUGGAUUAUCUCUCCUAUCCUCCCUUGCUUCCCUUCCAGGUACCG